CCUUAUCUCUGGCUGGUUAUUAUUUGAUUAAAGAGGCUUCCUCCUCCUGCGGUGUUUCAAAACUGCACCAGGAGAGUUUGCUGCUGCCAGGGGGACUUUUUCUGAGGUUACUGCCGAGCACCCAAAGUCCUUCAGCCAUACAAACGGGAGGAGCCAGACCCCCUUUUUAUUCGCCUGCAGCCUGGGGCUGUCUUCUCCAGGGUCUGGAGCUCAGCUCUGCGAAUCAACUGGUUGGAAAUAAUUCCUCAGACACCACAAAGUCAAGGACGCAGGCGGCGGCGGCGGGCUCCCCCUGUUGUAUGGACUUUCUACACCCGAAACUGACAGCUGAGUGCUGAAGUUUUAUUUUGUAACACGGAAGAACUUUCAUCCCAGCACAUGAUUUGGGAGUUACACUUUGUGACAUGGAUGAAUCUGCACUGACCCUUGGCAUGAUAGAUGUUUCUUAUCUGCCAAAUUCAUCAGAAUACAGUGUUGGUCGAUGUAAGCACACAAGUGAGGAAUGGGGUGAAUGUGGUUUUGGACCUACCGUCUUCAGAUCUGCCACUUUAAAAUGGAAAGAAAGCCUAAUGAGCAGGAAAAGGCCAUUUGUUGGAAGAUGUUGUUAUUCCUGCACUCCCCAGAGCUGGGAUAAAUUUUUCAACCCCAGUAUCCCGUCUCUGGGUUUGCGGAAUGUUAUUUAUAUCAAUGAAACUCACACAAGGCACCGGGGAUGGCUUGCAAGACGCCUUUCGUAUGUUCUUUUUGUUCAAGAGCGAGAUGUUCAUAAGGGCAUGUUUGCCACCAAUGUGACUGAAAACGUGCUGAACAGCAGUAGAGUACAAGAAGCAAUUGCAGAAGUGUCUGCUGAACUGAACCCUGAUGGUUCUCCCCAGCAGCAGGCAAAAGCCAUCAAUAAGGUGAAAAAGAAAGCCAAAAGGAUCCUUGAAGAAAUGGUUGCCACUGUCUCACCAUCAAUGAUCAGACUGACUGGGUGGGUGCUGCUAAAACUGUUCAACAGCUUCUUUUGGAACAUUCAGAUUCACAAGGGGCAACUUGAGAUGGUUAAAGCAGCAACCGAGACGAAUUUGCCGCUUCUAUUUCUACCAGUUCAUAGAUCCCAUAUUGACUAUCUGCUGCUCACUUUCAUUCUCUUCUGCCAUAACAUCAAAGCGCCAUACAUCGCUUCAGGCAAUAAUCUCAACAUCCCAAUUUUCAGUACCCUGAUCCAUAAGCUCGGAGGCUUUUUCAUACGACGGAGGCUGGAUGAAACACCAGAUGGACGGAAAGAUAUUCUCUAUAGAGCUUUGCUUAAUGGACAUAUAGUUGAACUACUUCGACAGCAGCAAUUCUUGGAGAUUUUUCUGGAAGGCACACGCUCUAGGAGUGGAAAAACCUCCUGUGCUCGGGCGGGACUUUUGUCAGUUGUGGUAGAUACCCUGUCUACCAAUACCAUCCCAGACAUCUUGAUAAUACCUGUUGGAAUCUCCUAUGAUCGGAUUAUCGAGGGUCACUACAAUGGCGAACAACUGGGCAAACCUAAGAAGAAUGAGAGCCUUUGGAGUGUAGCAAGAGGCGUUAUUAGAAUGUUACGAAAAAACUAUGGAUGUGUCAGAGUGGAUUUUGCACAGCCUUUUUCCUUGAAGGAAUAUUUGGAAAGCCAAAGUCAGAAACCUGUGUCCACUCCACUUUCUCUGGAGCAAGCAUUGUUACCAGCUAUACUUCCUUCAAGACCUAGUGAUGCUGCUGAAGAAGGUAGAGACACAUCCAUUAAUGAGUCUAGAAAUGCAACAGAUGAAUCCAUGCGAAGAAGGUUGAUUGCAAAUCUGGCCGAGCAUAUUCUAUUCACUGCUAGCAAGUCCUGUGCCAUUAUGUCAACACACAUUGUGGCCUGCCUGCUCCUCUACAGACACAGGCAGGGAAUUGAUCUCUCCACAUUGGUGGAAGACUUCUUUGUGAUGAAGGAGGAAGUCCUGGCGCGCGAUUUUGACCUGGGGUUCUCAGGCAAUUCAGAAGAUGUAGUCAUGCACGCCAUACAGCUCCUGGGAAAUUGCGUCACGAUCACCCACACUAGCAGGAAUGAUGAGUUUUUUAUUACUCCCAGCACAACUGUCCCUUCGGUCUUUGAACUCAACUUCUACAGCAAUGGGGUCCUCCAUGUCUUUAUCAUGGAGGCCAUCAUAGCCUGCAGCCUUUAUGCAGUUCUCAACAAGAGGGGCUCAGGGGGCCCGGCCGGCAACCCCCCCAGCUUGAUCAGCCAGGAGCAGCUGGUGCGGAAGGCGGCCAGCCUGUGCUACCUGCUCUCCAACGAGGGCACCAUCUCGCUGCCCUGCCAGACCUUUUACCAAGUUUGCCAUGAGACAGUAGGAAAGUUCAUCCAGUAUGGUAUUCUGACAGUGGCAGAGCAAGAUGACCAGGAAGAUAUCAGUCCGGGUCUUGGUGAGCACCAGUGGGAUAAGAAACUUCCAGAACCUUUGUCUUGGAGAAGUGACGAGGAAGAUGAAGACAGUGAUUUUGGUGAGGAGCAGCGAGAUUGCUACCUGAAGGUGAGCCAAUCCAAGGAGCACCAGCAGUUCAUCACCUUCUUACAGAGACUCCUUGGGCCCUUGCUGGAGGCCUACAGCUCUGCCGCCAUCUUCGUUCACAACUUCAGCGGUCCUAUUCCAGAGCCUGAGUACCUGCAACAGUUGCACAAAUACCUGAUAACCAGAACAGAAAGAAAUGUUGCAGUGUAUGCGGAGAGUGCCACAUAUUGUCUUGUGAAGAAUGCUGUGAAAAUGUUUAAGGAUAUUGGAGUUUUCAAAGAGACCAAACAAAAGAGAGUGUCCAUUUUAGAACUAAGCAGCACUUUUCUACCUCAAGGCAACCGGCAAAAACUCCUAGAAUAUAUUCUGAGUUUUGUGGUGCUGUAGGUGACGUGUGGCACCUCUGGCAAGUGAAGGGCACGAGACGAGUCCCCCGUGGGCUCCAGGCUCUGGCUCGAGAGUUGAAGGUGCCGUCGCGAGGUCAGGCCUGCCCUGUCCUGAGGUGAUCUCCUGGAAGACAAGUGCCUUCUCCCCUCCGUGGAGCUGUGAUCUGCCCGACUCUGAGACGACACAGCAGCCUGCAGAUGACACCUGGGGGGACCUCAGCCUCUAUUUGCGACUCAUAAUCAGUAGGUUACAAGAUGAAUCUCAAUAAAUUAUUUUGCAGCUUAUUAAAGAUUUACAUUUUAAGUACAACUUUUAAGGACUAAUUACUGUGAUAGACACAGAAAUGUAGUUGUAUUCUAGAACUGAAUCUUGUAUGCUAUACUUAAUGCUGUCAGGUAAUUCAAUGGUAUAUUUUCUGAUUCAUGGGUAAUCCUUCCUUUAAAAAUAAUUGAGUCAUCAUUCUCUCUUUUUCAGUUUUAUCUUUGUCAGUAGUAGCUAAAUUUUAAAUGGGAGCACCUUUCACCCCAAAGUGCUUUACAAAUGAAGGGGCCGAUGUACAUCACACCCAGGUAUCACUGUGCUGUCCUUUGCAGUCAGAUUUAGAAAAUGUUUUUAAGAGUUACAUGAAAACAGACAAUAUUAGUUUAGGUCAGAAAUUGAGAUAUUAUGAUCAAACAGCUAACAUCAGGAAGUUCAUUUGGCCAGCAAAAUUCAAGGUAGACUGGCAAGAAAACUUGACAUUGAAAACUUAUGCUCAUACAAAAAAAGUGCCAUUGAGUUUUAAAUGACCGGCAAGUAUUUAGAAACUCCUCCUGUUUUCUGUCUGUAUCCCAUCUUACCCCUCAGGUGGGACCUGCUUCUCACAGGUACAGCUGUUUCUUGGAAAUCCUCGAACCAAUUAGCAACUGUCCUCAUUUGAUUAGCUUGGCCUGAUAGACUCAUUCGGUGCUCUGGCUGCGGACUGCUGGCCCAGGGCUUUCGUGUACUUCACACAGGUUGCACACGAGCCCCCUUGUCUGGGUGACUGGUACCCACUGGAGUUGUGCUGUGUACAACCUGUGCAAUAUAUGUGGUGGCCUUACUGGCUGGUAAGUGGUCAGAGGCAUUUAUGGAUUUUUAGCUUUGAGCAAAAACCAUGGUUCUUUAAAAAUUUGUAUGGGUUGUAUACCUAAACCCUGAUGCCAUAUAGUGGCAAAUAAUUAUGAAGAAUUGUCUGUUCCUAAUGGGUAGGUGCCUUUUUUGUGAGCAGGGAGCAUAGUUGUUAGUUAAUUGUGGUAAUUAUGGUGAUUUCUUAAAGAUCAUGGAGUUAAAAUAUUUUCUAACAAUUUACUGCCCCUUAUCUCCAUGAUAUUGUGGAAUCAGGAAUUUUUCCAGAUGAGUAUUGCGUAGUUUUUUUGAAUUUAAUAUAAAAGUACUGAGAAUUAAGUUUGUACUUUCAUAAACUUGGAUUUUAAACACUAAUAGUGUCUUGUGAAUAAUAUAUGUGUUUUGGGAGAGGGAGUGUUACUGAUUGGUAUUUCAUGUUGUAUGAAAUAUCUUGUUUGAGACUCAUAGCAAUAAUGCUAUGCUCACUCUUCUAAAAUUCUGCAUUUAAAAUAUAUUUUUUCUUUGUCUUUAUAGGAACUCACAUACCAUUAAGUCAUUGUCAGUUGUAGGGGCUCUGGUGUGGAAUGAAAUACCACUUUUUAGCAUUCCAUUUUACCAAUUAGGGUAGAAGAAUACUUCUUGGCUGCAUUUGGGAGGUACCCAGGGAGUCUUAUUUAUUCCCUCGGGUGUUCCUUAUUGGGGGAUCAAACAUUUCACUAAUCUCGUUUUUUCCAUCCUCUAAAUUGUAGUUUAAGGAUUACUCAACGUCUCAGUUAGCUGGAAAGUCAAGGUUGUCGCUGACUUCCCAGUGGACACUGCUGCCCUGCCUGCCACUCCUGCAAAGAGCUGCUGCUUUGCCAGCCUGGGCAGAGACACUAGAGCUUCUCUGGCUUUAUUUUCCAUCUUGGUUGGUUUGUUUUCCAGAAAUUCAGUCAGAUGCUUAGGGGAAUGCAAUGUAUGAUUCGCUAGCUCUCUCGCCACUUAACUCACUGUGAGUAUAAAUAUGCAUGCUUUUUGUAAUUAACUGGUGCUUUGAAAAUCUUUUUUAAGGAAGAAAAAUCUCAACCAAAGUUAUGCUCAUCCAGACAAGCUGACCUUUGAGUUUAUUUCAGCACAACUCAUUCUUCAGUGCCUCAUGACUGAAAAAAAAAUGCAUUAUCACAAUAAGGCUCUUCCAGAUAGCGCUAUUUUGUUAAAAGAUAUAUUCUCAUUGUUUUCAAACAGCAGUGGCUUCCAUUAAGGUGAAAGAAACUAGGUGCUUGUAAAUAAUCUAUUACAGUUUACUCUAUUGCAUUUCUAUCAAAUGAAAUGCAUGCCCUCCAGGGGAAGACUGUGAGUCACGUUAAAAAACAAAAACAAUAAUAAGCAAUAUAAAACUGCACUUUGUUUUUUAAAAUAAUGUGCUAAGUAAUUCAGAAGAGAGGAAGGAAUUUUUUUGCUCUCUUAAAGUUUCAAGAAAAAUAAAGGCAAAAGCUAGUGUGACGUGUGUAGAACUGAGAAAGCUUUGAGUCUUCAUUUUCAGAUCGAUUAAGUCUCAUGAAGUCAUGAGGGUAAGUGGAGAAAAUAUUUCUGGGAUUGCAAUGACUGUAAGCUCAGCUUCUGGAAUUUCUAGUAACCCAGAGGGAGAAAAAGCAUUUCCCAUAGUGCUCCAUGUAUUAGGAGUACUCUGCAAGGUGCUUAGCAGUGUGUUGUAGAAACAGUGUUGCUGACAAAUGAAGUUUGCACGUGGAAGCUUACAGCGCACCUCAGUGUGGAAAGGGCUCAGCAUCUGGUAGUGAAAACCGGUUUAACUCAGCGUUGCCCACGCUAUGUUGACCCCAGGACCUUUCCCCCCUUUGGGACACCUAUGUAUCUCUCACUAGUGUCCCAGGGAAAACAUUUUGGAAACACUGUUAGGUAGUUCUCUAAGGAGACAAAAUAGUAAGGAACAGAUGGCAGUGCAUGCAUUUUGUACUAUGAAAUAUUGCAUUGAAUAGAUGUAUGCUUCAUCCCCGGAGAGAAUAAGCACAGAAAACUGUACUCUAGGUGGUCGGAGCUCUUUCCUCUGAUAGAAAGCUCAGUUGUCAAUGAUCCUGGCUUCUUCACUGAAAGCAGCAGAAUUAAUACCAAGAUUAAUUGGGGUAAAUGGGGUCUUUAUUCAAAUCUAGAAGGAAAUAUUGCACAAUUGUGUGCAAAUUUUUAUCCAUAGAUAGCACCAGUGUUUAGAAAUGAUAGGACCUAUCACUGAGGUUUAUAAGACUGACUAUGGGAUGUAAAUCUGUUUUUUAAAAUACUCUUUUUAGGAAUCUAAGACUUGCCAUCUGGCAUUUUAGUUUAAUACAAACUAAUGAUUGCAUUUGAAAGAGACUCUUGACCUUAUUUCUAAACAUCUAAAGCUCUGCGAUGUCUUGACGGGAAGUGUUAAACUAUUUGCCUGUGGUACAAAGAAAUGUUAAGAUGGUUGUAAAAAGAAUUACUAUAAAGUACUGUAAAAUAACACUGUGUAAUUUUGUGACUGAAACUUACUUGGAAAUGUUGAUUGAUUUUUAUGCCUGUUAAUGUAUUGCAAGAAGCACAGAAAUGUAGUUUCGUUUUAAUAAACCAAAAAAUGAACGUA